AUGGCUCGAAACUCGGAAAAAGCGCAGUCGAUGCUGUUUCGCUUCCGCGAAGCCCAAGCAGCAGACCUAGGCAUCAUCGACGUCGGCCGCACCCGCCGCCCCAAGCUCAUCACCGAAGUCGAGGCCAUCCCAGCAUGCGAGAAGUGGCGCGGCCAGGUCCUAAAGGAGAUCUCGCGCAAGAUGUCGCGCAUCCAGGACCCCAUCCUCAGCGACUACCAGAUCCGCGACCUCAACGAUGAGAUCAACAAGCUCAUGCGCGAGAAGCACAUGUGGGAGGUGCAGAUACGUAAUUUAGGAGGGCCGAAUUACAUGCGCGGUGGAGGAAAGAUAUACGACGAGCAGGGUAGGGAGAUACCUGGUGGUGGCAAGGGGUACAAGUACUUUGGUCGCGCAAGAGAACUCCCAGGCGUCAAGGAACUAUUCGAAGCAGCACGCACCAAAGGACAAGACGAGAAGCCUCUGGAGGAGAGGAGCGAGCUGCGGCGCAACGUGGACGCGGCCUACUACGGAUACGCGCCUGACGAGGAGGACGACGAGAUGCUGGCGUACGAGGCUGAGAAGGAGAGGCAGGCUGUGGAGCACAUGCUCGAGACGGGGAGCCGAGAUGUUCCCGACGGGUGGGAGCCUCUGCCGGGUGACGGAGGGGAUGGGGUGACGUGGGAGCUGCCGACGUUGGAGGAGGUGCAGGAGGAGUUGAUUGAUCGGAGGAGGAGGAAGUUGCUGGAUCAGCUGUGA